AUGAAAAGGAUAAAUCAUAUAAAAUUUAUUUAUGAAUAAAGCUUAUUAAAUUUUAUUUUUGUAAUCUAAUAAUUUAUAAUUAGAAGGCUAUCAAAAGUUACAAAUUAUUGAAAUAUGAACAUUAUGAUAUGCAUAUAACUUUUAUUUUAAUUAGUAAUUUUUAACUUAGCCAACUAUAAAUUUAAAAGAGGAGAUAUAAGAAGAAACUAUUAAUUGAUAAUCAAUAUUAAAUAGAAAUGAACUUUAACAAUUUUAGAAAGAUGAUAGAUUUUCUGAAAAUAAUUAGUAAAAUACAAAAAUCAACUAAUUUGAGAGAUUAAAACACUUUGAACAAGGAAUGUUAGGAUGUGAAAAAAAAGGAUUAAAAACUUAUAUAAUAUUUCAAGAUUAUUAUAUGGAAAUAGAGAAGAUGUAUAACUUUUAAAGAUAGGAUGGAUGACUCUAGAAUCUGUAUAGCAAAUAUAUGGUGA